AGCAGCCGCAGGCAUGGCGGCGGCCUUGCCGCUUGUCUUGCUCGUGCUGCUGCUCCUGGGUCCGGUGGGCAGGGGCCAUGCAGAGCCCCCACGCGACAGCCUGAGGGAGGAGCUCGUUAUCACCCCUCUGCCUUCUGGGGACGUAGCCGCCACGUUCCAGUUCCGCACGCGCUGGGAUUCGGAGCUGCAGCGGGAAGAAGUAUCUCAUUAUAGGCUAUUUCCCAAGGCCCUGGGGCAGUUGAUCUCCAAAUAUUCUCUACGAGAGCUGCACUUGUCAUUCACGCAAGGCUUUUGGAGGACUCGAUACUGGGGGCCACCUUUCCUGCAGGCCCCAUCAGGUGCAGAGCUCUGGGUCUGGUUCCAAGACACCGUCACUGACGUGGAUAAAUCUUGGAAGGAGCUCAGUAACGUGCUCUCGGGUAUCUUCUGCGCCUCUCUGAACUUCAUUGACUCCACCAACACGGUCACUCCCACUGCCUCCUUCAAACCCCUGGGACUGGCCAAUGGCACUGAUCACAAUUUCCUGCGCUACGCUGUGCUACCGCGAGAGGUUGUCUGCACAGAGAACCUCACCCCAUGGAAGAAGCUCUUGCCCUGCAGCUCCAAGGCAGGCCUGUCUGUGCUGCUCAAGGCUGACCGCUUGUUCCACACUAGCUACCACUCCCAGGCAGUGCAUAUCCGUCCUGUUUGCAGGAAUGCACGCUGUACCAGCGUCUCCUGGGAGCUGAGGCAGACCCUUUCUGUUGUGUUUGAUGCCUUCGUCACAGGACAGGGGAAGAAAGAUUGGUCCCUCUUUCGGAUGUUCUCCCGAACCCUGACGGAGCCCUGCCCCCUGGCUUCAGAGAGCCGAGUCUAUGUGGACAUCACCGGCUAUAACCAGGACAAUGAGACGUUGGAGGUGACCCCUCCCCCAACCACCACCUACCAGGACGUCAUCCUCGGUGCCCGGAAGACCUACGCCGUCUACGACUUGCUGGACACGGCUGUGAUCAACAACUCUCGUAACCUCAACCUCCAGCUCAAGUGGAAGAGCCCCCCAGAGAGCGAGGCCCCCCCGGUGCCCUUCCUGCACGCCCAGCGGUACGUGAGCGGCUACGGGCUGCAGAACGGGAAGCUGAACACGCUGCUGUACAACACGCACCCACACCGGGCCUUCCCUGUGCUGCUGCUGGACACCGUGCCCUGGCACCUGCGGCUGUAUGUGCACACCCUCACCAUCACUUCCAAGGGCAAGGACAACAAACCGAGUUACGUCCACUACCAGCCUGCGCAGGACCGGCUGCAGCCGCACCUCCUGGAGAUGCUGAUUCAGCUGCCGGCCAACUCGGCCACCAAGGUGUCCAUUCAGUUUGAGCGGGCGCUGCUCAAGUGGACCGAGUAUACCCCGGACCCCAACCACGGCUUCUACGUCAGCCCGUCUGUCAUCAGUGCCCUCGUGCCCAGCACGGUGGCAGCCAAGCCCGUGGACUGGGAAGAGAGCCCCCUGUUCAAGUCCCUCUGGGUCAGCACUCAGAACAACCUCCGCUACCAUGUCCCACGUGAUCCGUGCACUGACAACACCGUGCUCCUCCCUGAAUUCCAGAUCCAUUUACCCAACCGCCUCCCUGCCAUCUGCUCUUGGACGUCCAAGGGCAUCUCGGAUCAAACCAAGCUUCCGAUCCUCUCCCCUUCUACCCUCAACAGGCGCAUCCAUGUGCGGCGCUGUGGUGAGGGCUAA